GAUUAAAACGCGUUUUAGUAUCAAUUUGGGACAUCGGGCUCGCCGUAUUUCAGUCUCACGUCAAGAAUGUUGUUGAAGUUGGAGCAGAAAGUGAAGAAAUAGACUCGGUUCGGACGGUCAGAGGCGAGUGUGUGGAGGAAGCAUUUCUCUGUGUUUCGCUAUGGGCAAUACCAGUGACCGUGUAGCUGCUGAACGCCAUGGACCAAAAGCUCAUCGUUCAGAUGGCGGUGCCCAUAAAGACCUUGAACCCAGCAAGAUGGUGGACAGCACGGAUGAUCCGAACAUCUUUAACACUCACGGCCCUGAAGUAAAGGCUCCAGUGGAGAAGGAUUUACCUCCAGAUUUAAAUGAUUUGGUGAAGACAGCCCCCCAGGAUCGUCCAACUGUGAUCCGCUGGGCAGGAGGAGGGAAAGAUGUCUACAUCUCUGGCUCUUUCGACAACUGGAGCACCAAGAUCCCACUUAAUAAAAGCCAUAAUGACUUUGUUGCCAUCCUGGACUUGCCGGAGGGUGAGCAUCAGUACAAGUUCUUUGUUGAUGGACAGUGGCUUCAUGACCCUUCUAAGCCGGUUGUAACCAGUCAGAUGGGAACCAUCAACAACUUGAUCAAGGUGAAAAAGUCUGACUUCGAGGUGUUUGACGCACUGCAUGUGGACUCGCUCGAGUGCUCCGACACCUCUGAUCUGUCCAGCUCUCCUCCCGGUCCUUACGGACAGGAAAUGUACAUGUUUCGACCAGAGGAGCGCUUUAAAGCCCCACCCAUCCUUCCUCCUCACCUCCUCCAAGUCAUCCUCAAUAAAGACACAAACAUCUCAUGUGAUCCUGCGCUGCUGCCUGAACCCAACCACGUCAUGCUCAAUCAUCUGUACGCACUCUCAAUAAAGGAUGGUGUGAUGGUCCUCAGCGCAACUCACCGGUAUAAGAAGAAGUAUGUGACCUCUCUGCUGUAUAAGCCCAUCUGAGAGUCUCUUUUGCACCCCUGCUUCUUCUGGCUGAAAUCGUACUACACACUUAGCUUGCAGUGGUUCCGAUCACCACUGUCUCUCCCUCUCACACUAAUGUGAUGAAUAAUGACGUGUGCGCGUGUGUGGUUGUCCUCUUCGGAACAGGUCUACUAAGCUUUAUACUUCACACCUAGUAAUUGCAAUUUUAGCUUUUCAAAGGUUUGUUAUUUUUCACGUCAACCCAACGUGGAUGCAAAUACAGGUUUGUUGUUUUUAAAAUAGGCCGAAGAGGUUUUGGCAUGUUUUAAAUUAGUAUCACGUGAACAAACGAUUGAUGACGUGUGUCGUUUUAGAGUGUCCACUGUUUUUAUUUAUUUCACUUGUGAUAAUCGCAUGGCCGAGUACCAUAUAAAGCAAGAUAUAAAAAGGGCUUUGAGAAUGUAUUUAUCGUAAGCUGUAGGAUCAAGACUGAACCGGUUGAGGGAUUUUUUUUUUUUUUCGCCUGGAGGAAUGAUUUGAAAAGCAAAGGAAAUGGGGAAAAAAAAUUAUUUGAAUUGACUUUUUUAUUUUCCCCAAGCAUCAGUCAUGUUGUCUAAUCACUGAAAGUUACUGAUGCGAUAUGAAUUUUUUAAAAGACGACUGGAGUGUGUGUGUGUGUGUGUGUGUGUGUGUGUGUGUGUGUGUGUGUGUGUGUGUGUGUGUGUGUGUGUGUGUGUGUGUGUGUGUGUGUGUGUGUGUGUGUGUGUGUGUGUGGUGAGCACAAGCAUGCUGUUGCCUUUCAUAGAGAUUGUGUAAGCACUUUAACGAAUAUAUUCACUGUGAUUGGUUCAGACAGAGGCAUUUUUUAUUUUAUUUUUCUCUCGGUUCCUUAGCUAUGCAGUUGACAAAUCUUGUACUGUAGGCUCCAGUUGAACACGCACAAUACUCUCUUCAAUACAAUAUCUGAGGAAAAGGCGUUGAUGUAUUAGUGUGCAUCGUAUUAGGAAUUAUUGCAUAUGAAUGUCAGUUUACUGUGCAGCUGGCUAUAGAGGCUGAAAUCUUUAAAGCUGUAUGGUUUUCAGUAAAGGUCAAAGGUUAUUUUUUGUUGUUGUUUGUUUAGCAGCUUUUUAUAUGACGUUUGACGUGUACUGAGACAUUUAAAUUGUUAAAAUGUGUAAAAUCGUUUGAUGCUUAUUCCUUCCAAAGAUGUUGUGGAAUGCUGUAGUUUGUAUGGACAAUGCAUCAUGCAAUGGAAAAAAUAUAUAGUUUUAAGUUCCAGUAUUUUAUGAGGUGUGCUGUUUUGGAACUAGAAACUUAAACACUUGAAUUUUGUCUGAAAGCUUUGUUUGUAAAGCAGUGUAGCAUAUUUUAUUGUCACGCUGCUUCUGGUAUUGUUUGCAAAUAAAAAGCAAUACUGUAUAA